GCACACUGUCUCCUGUGAAACAUGGUUGACAGCUCAGAUGACCAUAAGAUAUUUUAUUUUUCUGACUACGAGCCACUUGAAAACAGCAGUUUGGAGUUUGGCUAUUCCGAUAGUUCUGCUCAUCUGUCAUGUAACCAGCAACAGGCCAAGACAUUUGAUGGACGUUUUCUGCCAGCAUUUUACAGUCCUUUAUUCAUAUUGGGAAUGCUGGGAAAUGUGUUGGUAGUUGUUGUUCUCCUGAAGAAUAGACAGAGACUUCAGAGCACUGAAAUCUUCAUCAUGCACCUAGCUGUGGCUGACAUACUAUUGGUUAUGACCUUGCCUUUCUGGGCAGUGCAGGCGGUGUCUGGUUGGCUGUUUGGAGAAGUCCUAUGUAAAAUGAUGGCCUCAGUCUUCAAAAUUAAUUUCUAUGCUGGCAUUUUCCUGCUAAUGUGCAUCAGCAUUGAUCGCUACAUGUCUAUUGUCUAUGCUGUCCAGAUAUAUAAAAAACACAGAUCACAUAUGGUGCACUGGAGCUGUCUGCUGGUUUGGGGAUUGUGUAUUAUCUUAAGUAUUCCUGACAUCAUGUUUUCCCAAGUUUUGCAUGAAUAUCGUACUAAUGUGACAGAGUGCCAGCUUAACUUUCCAAUUUCUAGCUCUCAACAUUGGAGAAUUACCAUGAUAUUACUUUAUAAUGUGUUGGGAUUCUUGUUACCACUCUGUGGCAUGUUGUACUGCUACACUCAUAUAAUUCUUACGUUGGUCAGAUCUCAAGGCUUUAAGAAGCACAGAGCACUACGAGUUAUCAUAGCUGUGGUAGUUGCUUUCUUCUUAUGCUGGGCUCCAUAUAACAUUGCCGUUUUGAUUAAUGCCUUGAUCAUGCUGCAAAUCUUUGUGUCUAGCUGUGCACAAGAAAAAAACCUUGAUAUUGCAAUGUCAGUUACUCUUGGCCUGUGUUAUUUUCAUUGCUGUCUCAAUCCUGUUCUUUAUGCCUUUGUUGGUGCUAAAUUUAAGAAUAAGUUUGUAGAACUUUUAAGUCAUACUGGCAUCUGUCCAAAGUUUGUUAACCUACCUGCAAGGCCUUCAACCACCUGGUCAGAAUCUGCAGACACUUCCCAUUCAGGGAUUUAAAAAAGUAUUUAUAUCGAGAAUCAAAAAUCAGUAUGUGGACUUGGUUUAUCCAUCAAGACUCAAAUGUAUAUGCAAUUUCCACAAUGUAUAGAAUGUAGAAAAAGGGAUGAUUUAAUGACUGGUCAAAUUGGUAAGAUGUGUGAAAGACAUAUAAAGCAAUAGGAAAGUGUUUAGCCUCGGGCUGGCCUUUGUUUUGAGACAGCAAUUGAAUUGCAGGGGUAUUAUUAUUGUUGUUAUUAUUAAAGGGACAGUUUACUCAAAAUUUUUCUCUUCUUUAAUUUGUUUCCAAUAAUCCACUUUACCUGCUGGAGUGAAUUUAAUUGUUUACAAGUAGCUCCUUUACCCUUAUAUUGGCAUAUGAAAUAGUUGAUUUAGCGUGUGGUAUCCCCACCUGAAAGUUUGUGGCCGCAGGUCCAAGCUACAGAUAAUCUUUGUAAACACAGGCAGCAGAAGAAAUUAUACUCCCAGUGGGAUAUAGUAGAGAUAAGGUGAUAAAAUGUUUAUAUCCCAUUGUUCUCUCCAAGUACUGG